AUGCUCAGCCGCCCCCUCUGUUCCGCCGCCUCUUGUCGUCACGCCCACGUACUCGCGCGUGUUACGCCUCUCACGAACCGCGCCUGCACCACUCUCUCCCCUACCCGGCUGCCCUUCCCUUUCCCCUCUCUCCUGCAGGCGCCAACGCUCUCGUGGACUGUAUCGGCACCGCAUCCUGUUCCGCCCCGUCUCAUCCUCGUCACGCCGACGUACUCGCGCGUGUUCCAGGCGGCGUACCUCACGGAGCUCACUCACACGCUGCGCCUCGUGCCGCCGCCGCACACGUGGAUCGUCGUGGAGAGCGGGAAUAAGACGGACGAGACGGCCAUGCUGCUAGAGCGGACGGCAGGAUACUGUGCAGCAGCGGAGGCCGGCGGGUGCCGGAAGCUGGAGUACGUUCAUAUCGCCACCAGAAAUGAGCUGCGGAAGAGCCUUUCCUCAUUGCGCCUCUCCUCUUUUGCCCGGCUCUCCACCACACCCUCCCCCAUACCCACCCUCCUUUGGCAGAACGAGGACCAGCGGUGGUUCCGCGGCGUGGGGCAGAGGAACCUAGCUCUCGAGUACAUAGAAAAGGAGAAUCUCGAGGGAAUCGUGUAUUUUAUGGACGAUGACAACUCGUACGCGCUGCAGCUGUUUGAGGAGCUGCGGAAGAUCCAGCGCAUUGGGCUGCUGCCGGUGGGGUUCCUGUUCGCCAAGGACAGCCCCUUGCGCUCGUACGUUGGCCGGCCGGUUGUGCGCGUGCCAUUGGAAGGAGACAUGGAGGGUGAGAGGAGGGGGGGUGAGAGGGAAGGGGUUGAGAGGAGGGAAGGGGGUGACGCUUCUGUGGAUGGCAGUGGCGAUCGCAACAGCACCAGCCGCGGUGGCGGUGGCGGUGGCGGCAGCAGCGGCAGCGCUGCUACUCCUGGGAAUGUCGGGAAAGAAUCAUCCACGAGCGCUGGAGCUGCUGGUGGUGGCGGUGGCAGUGGCUACGAGGGCGAAAAAACGGAGGCAGCUGCUCGUGCGCAGAUCGUGGGGUGGGAGGCGUAUGGCCGCCGUGUCCCGCUGCAGAGAGAUCCCGAGGCACGGCGCUACAUCAUGGACAUGGCUGGGUUUGCUUUCAGCACGGAGGCUCUCCGCAACGGCACGGUCCAAGGGAAGAAGCAGUCCAUUCGCUUCCGGCCUUCAAAACGCGGCUUCCUUGAGACGGACUUCCUAGAGCAGCUCGUGACACACGAGGACGAAUUCGAGGUGUUGGCAGAUGGGUGCAGAGCGGUGUGGGUGUGGCACAAGCACAUGGAGGACCUCUCCUGGGCCACGUACCCCACGGAUUGGCAGCCUGAGCAGAGCAAGUACCGCAUUCCCACAUAUGACUGGGUGAAGAAUGACACCAGUCACGAGGCUCGGGCUGGGCUGAUCGGGAGGAUUGCUCGCGUGGCGAAUGUUACGUUACCACCGAGUUUUGAGGAUAUGAAAAGGGAGGAUGCCGUGCGGGAGAAAGGGGUGGGGGUGGCGAAUGGGCAGAAGGCGGAUUUGGGGCGCAACGUGGGAGUAGCAUCAAGAGGGGAUACAGGGGGGAGGAAUAAGUUGCGGCGUUUCGUCCGGGAUCCGGCUGUCCAACAGAUCGAUCUUGAAGUCUAUAGAUCGUUUUGA